AUGUCGAUCGUUAACCUUGCUGGAAGAUACACUGGACAAUGCCUUUCUAACGAACACAGCGCCGUCAUUGCAGCAGCUGAGAAAUACACUGGACAAUGUCUUUCGGAUGAAAACCGAGCGCUUGUUGCUGUAGCAGAAAAAUACACUGGAAAGUGUAUAUCCAAUGUCUCCAGUGCUCUUGUGUACGUUGCCGAGAAAUACACCGGAAGAUGUCUUUCUGGUGAUUCCAAUGCUUAUGACGCUAUAAUGAGUAAGCAUGGGCGAUUCAACUGUAACAGUAAAUACUAUGCCAUUCUUGCUGUUUGCCUCUAA